AUGGGUACUGCCAAGAAAGAAGCUAGCCGAAAGGUUCGCGAAGGUAAAGUAAGCGAUGGCAUGGCAAACGUUAAGACUAAGGGCGAAAAUUUUUAUCGCUCUGCAAAGAAAGUCAAGACAUUAAAUCGCCUCACCGAAGGACGUGCCCGACGCAAUGCGGCCGGUAAGGUAACUAUUGCAGCCAAAUUUCAGUCCACUCAAGUACCUGUGGCACGCGUCGAGCCUAAUAGAAAAUGGUUCACAAACUCAAGGGUAAUCGGACAGGACGCUCUCAGUGCUUUCCGAGAAGCUAUGGCCGAGAAAGAAGCAGAUCCCUAUCGUGUCUUACUAAAAACUAACAAACUUCCAAUGAGCCUCAUCCAAGAUGGGUCUGGUAAAAAUGGCAUUAAGCAACAUCAAGCAAAGUUGACGAUCGAAGCCUCUCCAUUCGGCGAGAUAUUUGGUCCAAAGGCCCAAAGGAAACGUGUGAAGACGAACGUAAGCUCACUUCAAGAUUUAGUUGACCACAGUAUUAAGAGUCACGAUGACUACCUCGACCGACUGGAGCAAUCAAAGCUCCUAAGCGGACAGGGUGGAGGUGAAACUAACCCGUCGGAGACAAUGGUCGCCGAUGACGGCUGCAUUACGAGUGCGCGGGAAGCUAUAUUCAAUAAGGGUCAAAGCAAGCGAAUAUGGAAUGAGCUUUACAAAGUUAUUGAUUCAUCAGAUGUCGUUAUUCAUGUGCUCGAUGCUCGAGAUCCACUAGGUACCCGUUGUCGGAGUGUGGAGAAGUAUAUCAAAGAAGAAGCUCCUCACAAACACUUGAUAUUUGUUCUCAACAAAUGUGACUUAGUCCCAACUGGCGUCGCCGCCUCAUGGGUAAGGUACUUGUCAAAGGACUACCCCACACUUGCAUUCCACGCCUCAAUCACAAACUCUUUCGGAAAAGGCUCAUUAAUACAGCUUCUAAGACAGUUCUCUUCCCUCCACUCUGAUCGCAAGCAGAUUUCUGUCGGUUUCAUCGGCUAUCCUAACACUGGAAAAUCAUCUAUAAUCAAUACUCUUCGGAAAAAGAAGGUCUGUACAGUUGCGCCAAUACCCGGCGAGACCAAAAUUUGGCAAUAUAUCACCCUCAUGAAGAGAAUCUACCUCAUUGACUGCCCAGGAGUAGUUCCUCCCUCAACAACAGAUACGCCUCAAGACAUACUACUGCGUGGAGUUGUAAGGGUAGAAAACGUAGAGCAUCCUGAACAAUAUAUCCCUGCAGUUCUAAAUAAGACGAAACCACAGCACAUCGAACGAACGUAUCAGAUAAGAUAUUCUGAAGAUCACAUCGAGUUUCUUGAACUUCUUGCCCGUAAGUCAGGUCGAUUACUGCAUGGUGGAGAACCCGAUGUAGAUGGUGUCGCUAAGAUGGUCAUCAAUGAUUUUUUACGCGGAAAGAUUCCCUGGUACACGCCGCCCCCAAAAUCUGAAGAUGCAGAUGGGGCUCAAGUCGAGGGCAUCGAAGGUCGUCAGGGCAGACUUGGUGAAAUGGGCCGGAAGAGAAAGCGAGACGACGAAGCCUCAGAAACAAAGUCGGAGACUUCUGGCCUAGCUCACGAGGUAGAAGAGUCAAACUUCGAAGACUUUGGUAGUGAGAGUGAAGCUGAGGAAGGAGAUAUCACCCACGCUGUUGAUGCUGCAUUCGGGCUCACUGGAGAUGAUGAAAGUGACGCCGAGCAGAUCGAAGAUGUUUCCGAGUCUGCUGUCGGCACCGAUGUGACGGCUGAACAGGAGGAAUCCAUCGAAGGGCCACGCAAUGUAAAACAGGUACUUAGUAUCCAAGCUGUAGAUAUAACGGAUCAUGAUCUACCAUCAGAAUCGAAAAUGCCGCCACAGGGUAGGAUCCGUAGGACCCAGAGUUUUAGAAAUAUAAAAAACGUGUAA